CCUGGGAUACCAAGGCUUCAUGGUGGCGGAACCGCAGCCAUGGAUGUGGCCCUGGUAGACUUUGAGAGCCUAGGUGAUCUACACGGCAGCUCUGAGGAUGAAGUGGACACCUACGCUGACGAGACCACGGCUCUCACAGUGGACAUGCCGGAGCACAGCAGCCCGGGCAGCAACGGCCUUCUACGAGCCUCUCAGCGCUCCUCCGCGCACGCCGCCUCCUGCUUUUGGGAAUCCACCUCAUCGAUGCCCGUCCCACAGGCAGGGACGCUGGAAGUACCCCAGUCCCCGAACACGCCAACUCUAAGCAGACAGGGGCACAGUAGCUGCGCCAGUAUGAUCUCCAACUGGAAACUGCUGCUGAACAGCGAGAGCGCUAAGGAGAGCGAGGCCAUCUUCAGCCGCCUUGCAAAGGAGUGCUGCGAGGAUCUGUUUGUAGACAAACAAGGGCUGGACGACGGAGAUCAGAAAGUCAUCGUCAACAUCGCCGGCCUUCGUUUUGAGACGCAGCUCAAAACUCUGGACCAGUUUCCUGAGACGCUGCUAGGUGAUCCUUCAAAGAGGAUGGACUACUUCGACCCGAUGAGGAAUGAGUACUUCUUUGAUCGGAACCGACCGAGCUUCGACGGCAUCUUGUAUUAUUACCAGUCAGGGGGUAAGAUCAGACGUCCCGCUAACGUUCCUUUGGAUGUGUUUGCAGAUGAAAUUGUGUUCUACGAGCUUGGAACUGAGGCCAUGGAGCAGUUCAGGGAAGAUGAAGGAUUCAUAAAGGAUGUUGAAAUCCCUCUACCUACCAAUGAUAUAUACAGGCAAUUCUGGCUGCUGUUUGAGUACCCAGAAAGCUCAAACGCAGCCCGGGGUGUAGCACUGGUGUCCGUUUUUGUUAUUGUCAUAUCUAUCUUUAUUUUCUGCAUGGAAACGCUACCAGAAUUCAGAGAUGAGGCCGACCCAAUUGUUGCCACGGCGUUACGGCACGUGAACCAGUCUGGACUUUACAGCUCCGGGGCUCCGCUCGGUGAAAAGCCCACGACUUUCUCCGAUCCCUUCUUCCUCAUUGAGUCUGCCUGCAUUGCCUGGUUCUUCUUUGAACUGUGUGUGAGGUUUGUGGUCUGUCCCAGCAAAAGGGAAUUUUUCAACAACAUCAUGAACAUCAUCGACAUCAUAUCCAUAAUCCCUUAUUUUUUUACCGUGAUUACGGAACUGAUCACAACGCCACAAGAGAGCUCAGGACAGAACAUGUCUUUGGCCAUCCUGCGUAUCAUCCGUCUGGUGAGGGUGUUUCGUAUAUUCAAGCUCUCGCGUCACUCCAAGGGGCUGCAAAUCCUGGGACAGACCCUGAAGGCCAGCAUGCGUGAGCUUGGCUUGUUAAUCUUCUUCCUCUUCAUCGGAGUCAUCCUCUUCUCCAGUGCGAUCUACUUUGCCGAGGUAGAUGAGCCCAACACACAGUUUGUUAGCAUUCCUGACGGCUUCUGGUGGGCCGUUGUUACCAUGACAACCGUGGGCUACGGGGACAUGUGCCCCAUUACCAUGGGGGGGAAAAUGGUCGGCACUUUGUGCGCCAUCGCGGGCGUGCUGACCAUCGCUUUGCCUGUCCCCGUCAUUGUCUCCAACUUUAACUACUUCUAUCACAGAGAGACGGAGGCAGAAGAACAGUUGCCCUCGAAAGACGCUGCUGACCAAGCGAUGAACGCCGACAUCGCUGCCAAAGAGAGUAGCAACAUUCUCCUCAGCAAAGCCAACGGUAUCUGA